GUGGUGGUGGUGGCCUGGCGGAGUCACGGCAUCAUAAAAGACAGUGCGGAGGUGCGCGUGGUCACGGCACUGAGAGAGCGCGCGCACAGCGGCGAGCGUAGAGGCGGGGUUUGGAUACAAAGGUGAGGCGGAUAGCGGCAGGUGAACACGGCAGUGGGGAGGGAGCGGACCCCUUACUCGGGCACACGAGUCGGAGCGGGGUGACGCUGAAACAAGGGGGAGGCGUGCAGAUAAGACGGUGCCGGCUUUGUGGGUGGGCGGGUCACAGGUGGAGCGGGGUUAGGUCCGAGACAGGCGAGGGGUGAUCGCUCCCCACCAAUUGGUCCGGGCUCGGGGCUUUGGAGGCGAGCGGCGUGAAUUGAAAUCCCGGCGCCUCGCAGCGCGGGAACGACAGGCCGCGGCUAACUCGCCUGGCGAGCGGUGUGCGGCGAUUGAUCCGAUGGCCGCGAGGGGGGUCCUCGUGUUCCUGGCCCUGCUGGGCCCCGUGGGUGCUUUCAACCUGGACCCCGCUGGGGCGCUGCUCAAGUCCCAGCCGGGGAAGGGGCUCUUCGGCUUCUCGCUCGCGUUCCACACGCCCAAGACUGGCGCGCCCCCUGAGCUGCUGGUCGGGGCUCCGACGUCGUUCUCAGCCAACUCCCGGUUCUCCUCGGUGCAGACUGGUGCUCUCUUCCGCUGCCCCGUUACCACUGGCAGCUGCCGCCGCGUGGACAUCGACUCUGACUAUGACCCGUCCAAGGAGUCCAAGGACAACCAGUGGCUGGGAUCGGUUGUGCGGAGCUCUGGGGUCGGUGGCAAAGUUGUGGUAUGCGCCCACCGCUACGAGGUGCGGAGCAACGUGGGGCAGGUGUCGGAGUCGCGCAGCCUCAUCGGCCGCUGCUACCUCCUCGACCAGAACCUCAGCGACAAGUCGAGGGACCCCAUCCACGGCGGCCAGUACCACUUCUGCGAGGGCCGCGCCGCCACGCACGAGUGGUUCGGCGUUUGCCAGCAGGGCCUUGACGCGGGCUUCACGCACGACACCCACUACCUCUACUCCGGCGCCGUCGGCUCCUACUACUGGCGCGGCGUGGUGCACGUGGACGCCAUCAACCUGACGCUGGUGGAGCGGGGCGAGGUGUUGAAUGACGGCCCCUACGAGACGGGCGACGAGCGCAUCAAGAACGGCAACGACGUCCCCGUGGAGCAGAACAGUUACCUGGGCUUCUCCAUGGAGUCGGGCAUCGGCGUCACGGACAAGGGCCGCGAGACGUUCGUGGCGGGAGCGCCGCGCGCCAACCACACGGGCGCCGUGCUCUUCCUCAAGAUCAGCCCGCCGAGCAGCAUGGAGCGCGAGCAGGUCCUCUACGGCGAGCAGCUCGCCUCUUCCUUCGGCUACGACGUGGCCCUCGUGGACAUCGACAACGACGGCUGGAAGGACCUGGUGGUGGGAGCGCCGCAGUUCUUUGACAUCAAGGAGCACAUCGGCGGGGCGGCCUACAUCUACCUCAACAAGAACGGGAACUUCGACGCCCAGUACCACCUGCGCCUCAAUGGCACCACGGCAUCGAUGUUCGGCCUCUGCGUGGCCGCCGUGGGCGACCUCAACCAGGACGGGUUUCCAGACGUGGCGGUGGGAGCGCCGUACGACGGCCAUGGGAAGGUCUUCAUCUACCACGGAGGCUCGCAGGGGCUCAAUCCGAAAGCCACCCAGGUGAUCGAUGGCGAGAGCUUCUCGAGCCCCAUCAGGUUCUUCGGCUACUCGGUGGUGGGCGGCAUCGACGUGGACGGCAACAGCUACCCCGACAUGGCCGUGGGCUCGCUGUCCGAGCAGGUGGCCAUCAUCAGGUCACGGCCUGUGGUGAGCAUAGAGACGGAGAUCAACAAGCCCAUGGACAUCAACAUCAACGAGAAGAACUGCGGCCCGCACACCUGCGCCAACAUUGACGCCUGUUUCACCUACCAGGGCAACAACCCCACGUCCAGCCCCGGCACCCGGCUCAUCUUCACGGCGAGCGUGGACAUGGACCGCGUCAAGGCCAGCCUGAGCCCACGCGCCGUCUUCCUGGACGACGCCGGGGUGCCUCAGCAGGCCGAGUCCUCGGGGUUCGUCGACCUCGGAGGGCAGAACAGCAGGAAGUGCGUCCGCCGCACCCUGCAGAUCAAGGACGACAUCAAGGACAAGCUGCGGCCGCUCAAGGUUUCCUUCGACUACAAGCUGCAGGGGUCGCGCAGACGGCGGCAAGCCAGUGCGGGGCAGGAGAGGCCCGUGCUCGACUUGCUCAAGCCCAGCUUCUCCGCCACCAACAUUAACUUCGCCAAGGAUGGGUGUGGAUCAGACAACAUCUGCCAGAGCAACCUGCAGCUGGCUCACCUCUUCUGCCGAUUUGGAGGCAACAACUCCUACGAGCCGCUGCCAACGGAAGGCCACGAGCAGGUGCUGCUGCUGAGUGGGCAGGAGGAGCUGGCGCUGCAGCUGACCGUCACCAACCCGGGCGACGACGCCUACGAGUCGCGACUCAGCAUCCGCCUGCCGCCCUCGCUCGGCUACAUGGACGCCCGCCCCAAGGAGUUCCCUCCCGGCCAGCCUCCCGUGUGCAACGCCAACGCCAAUGGGACACUGACCGAGUGCGAGCUGGGAAACCCCCUCAAGAGGGGCGAGAGCGUUGUGUUCUACCUCCUCCUGAGCACCAACGCCCUCAACGCCGACCAGGAGUCUGUGAACGUCGAGCUGCAGCUCGCCACCACGAGCGAGCAGAGCGACCUGACGCCACAGACGGCGCGCCUGCAGGUGCGCACCGAGCUGCUGCUCACCACCUCGGGGGUGGCGAAGCCGUCCCAGGUUUACUUUGGCGACUCCAUGGAGGGCGCGUCAACGCUCAAGAAGGAGGACACGGGGAACGUCGUGGAGUACGAGCUCACGGUGCACAACCUGGGCAAGUCUCUGGGCUCGCUGGCGUCCGCCUACCUCAACAUGUCCAUUCCGGCCUUCACGCCGAGCGGCAAGCAGCUCCUGUACGUCACCAGCACCAGCGUCGCGGCCGGCGCCGUGGAGAGGAGCUGCAUGGCCCUGGGCUCGGACGGCCAGUUCCUGAGGAAGAGGAGAGAUGAGAAUAAUGAGGGGAAUAAACAAGCCUUCAUCUCCAAGCUGAAGAAAAAAUACUUCAAGCUGCAAUGCGGCGGUGGCGACGUCCUGUGCCAGCUCUACCACUGCCCCCUGCAGGGCAUGGACACCACCGCCGUCGUCAAGAUCCGCGCCAAGCUGUGGAACAGCACCUUCACAGAGGAGUAUGACGACGCAAACUACCUGGACCUCAUCUCGUCCGUCACCACGGGACUCUUCUCUCAGAGCAAAAACAUCAUCCUCAAGGGAUCCGGCCUCCAGACGUUCCCGGUGAGGCUGACCGUGUUCCCGGAGAAGUCGACGGUGAUCACCUCUGGCUUCCCGUGGUGGAUCAUCCUCGUCGCCAUCCUCGUGGGGAUCCUGCUGCUCGCCCUGCUGCUCUUCCUGCUGUGGAAGUGCGGCUGCCUGAACUUCAACCGGAAGGCCGACCUCUACGAGGCCAAGUACUACCACGACGAGGUGGAGGUGCAGCCCUCGGAGACGGCCAAGCUCACGUCCGACUGCUAACACGGCGCCAGCGUCAAAAGGUUUGCGUUCUGGAAGUCAAAGCCGAGAGCCGCGUCCGUCGUUUCACAAGCUUCACUUUCUUCCCUCCGCAUCUUCCAUCACCCCCCCCCCCUCACCCCCGCCCGCCCCCUCACCCCCAUCGCUUUUGUGACUUCCGACAACCGUCCACUCCCCCCCCCACCCCCCGCGUGUGCAAGCGGAGUCCCCGCACGCCCACGACGCUCGCACGGUCGCCACUCCGCGAUCACGACGACGAUGACGACGACGACGACGACGAAGCGUGGCUGCUGCGCUCCUACGUGGAGGGGCAAUUCGCGUCGCUCGUUGGGAGUCCCGCCGACGCUCGAUGAACGCUGCGGGCAGGCCCCCGUGGGCCUUGCUGCGAGCCUAAACCAUUGCAAGGGCCACGGUUACACAGGCGGGAGCCUCGGUUCCCUGGGAGUCCCCCCACCCCAUGGCUCCCCGUGGCUCCCCCGUGGCUCCCCGUGGCUCCCCCGUGGCUCCCCGUGGCUCCCCGUGGCUCCCCGUGGCUCCCCGUGGCUCCCCGUGGCUCCCCGUGGCUCGCGCCGAGCCUCACGCACGCCGCGCACCCCACGCUUUGCGCUCCGCCCACCGAGAGCGGCGUCCGUGAGAGCGUCUCGCAACGAUCGCGCUCGGAGCGCUUUCCAAAAAUCACUCCGUUUUGCACGGGAUCCUUUUCGUUUCAGCGGAUUUUCACGAAACGUCGUCGGCAAUUCGAGAGGGAAUUACGGAACGGGGGUUCGUUGAGAUCCAAUGCUUCCGUAAAUGACGAGAAAACUCAUUACCCGUGCGGGCGGGAGGGAAACGACACGGGUGGCACACGAAGCAGCUCGGCCUGGACGUUCAGUUCUCUUGAGCUGGUGGUCUGGACAAGGUCGAGUGCGUUGUUGUGGGCAAUGUGGCGGGUCACGUGGGCGUUCGACACCGGGUUGUCAAAUCUAAGCCCCGCCGUUGCAACAAAUCGCAGCCCGUGUCUCAAAGGGGGGGGGGGCACUUGGGGGGGGGUGGGGGUUGGUGUUUCUCCAGAUAUUUUUUUAUUACGAAAUUUGGCGCUGGACCACUCGUGGGGGCGAGUGAGCUCAUGGGAGAAGAGUGGUCCGUGGAUGCUCUGCGUUGGGGCCUUGGGACUAAAACCAUCUGGCGGCGGAAUUGGCAAAUCAAGAAGAAGAAGAAAAAAAAGAGUUUUGUCACUUUCGCGCACAAUUAUGUAAGAUGCAGACGUACGCACCCCCCCCCCCCCCCACACACAAGACGCAGCGUCACACCCACACUGCCCUGGUACAGACGCUGCCCAUUUACUCGCAGCACUAUUUUUUUAAGUUUACUUUUGACGGCGCUUCCAGCGUACGCUUUCAAGCAGAGCGUCGUCCCUUUCCUCGCCGCGGUAUUUGCGUGGCUCGCAAACGGGGCUGGGGGGGCUG